AUGGGAACCGCCGCCGGCCGGAGCGCCCACCUGGGGCCCGCGCCCGCCGGCCGCCUGCUGCGCUCCCUGCUCCUGAUGCAGCUGCUGCUGCUCAUCUGGGCCCCGGGGGCCGUGCGGGCCCAGGGCGCCGAGUUCCCCGAGCUGUGCAGUUAUACAUGGGAAGCUGUUGAUACCAAAAAUCACAUGCUUUACAAAAUCAGCGUGUGUGGAAGUGUGGGUCUCGCCCAGUGCGGGCCAUCGAGUGCUGUCUGUAUGCGGGACAUGAAGACAGGCAGCUACCGCUCCGUGGGUGACUCUCUUUACAAAAGUGCAACCAGAACUCUUCUGGAAUUUAACACAACAGUGGACUGUGAGUUGAAGCAAAGCCCAAAUCAUAAAAUCCAGAGUAGCAUCACCUUUCUCUGCGGGAAAACUUUGGGAACUCCCGAGUUUGUAACUGCAACAGGCUGUGUGCACUACUUUGAGUGGAGGACUACUGCAGCCUGCAAGAAAGACACCUUUAAAGCUAAGAAAGAGGUGCCAUGCUAUGCAUUUGAUGAAGAGUUCAAGAAGCAUGAUUUAAACCCACUGAUCAAGAUCACCGGGGCUUACUUGGUGGAUGACUCAGACCCGGACACUUCUUUGUUCAUCAACGUCUGUAGAGACAUAGACUCACUGCGGGACUCAAGUCCACAGCUGCGUGCCUGCCCCAAGGGCACCGCCGCCUGCCUGGUGAGGGGGGGCCAGGCCUUCGACGUCGGCCAGCCCAAGGAGGGCCUGAAGUUAGUGAGCAAGCACAGGCUGGCCCUGACUUACGUGAGAGAAGAGGCAGGGAAGCCAGACUUCUGUGCGGGCCACAGCCCGGCGGUGACCAUCACGUUCGUCUGCCCGUCAGAGCGCAGGGAGGGCACCAUUCCCAAGCUCACGGCUAAAUCCAACUGCCGGUACGAGAUUGAGUGGGUCACUGAGUACGCCUGCCACAGGGAUUAUCUGGAGAGCAGCAACUGCUCCCUGAGCAGCGAGCAGCAUGACAUUGCCAUUGACCUCCAGCCACUCAAGCAGGAGCGAGGUCAUUACUAUAGUGCAGCUGGGAAGGAAUAUAUUUUUUAUUUGAAUAUCUGUGGAGAAAUUGAAUCAACCCCAAAGGUCUGUAAUGAGAAACAGGCUGCGGUUUGCCAAGCGAAAAAACCUGACUUCACUCAAGUCAAAGUGGCAGGAAAAUCCCAGAGUCAAACUCUUCGGUACUCAGAUGGGGACCUCACACUGAUCUACUCCGGCGGCGAUGAGUGCAGCUCGGGCUUCCAGCGGAUGAGUGUCAUAAACUUCGAGUGCAACGAGACCGCGGGUAACGGCGGGAGAGGCUCUCCCGUCUUCACCGGGGAGGUAGAUUGCACCUACUUCUUCACGUGGGACACGAAGCAUGCCUGUGUGAAGGAGAAGGAGGACCUCCUGUGCAGCGUCACCGACGGGAAGAAGCGCUAUGACCUGUCCGCGCUGGCCCGACACUCAGAAUCAGAACAGAAUUGGGAAGCCGUGGUUGGCAGCCAGAAGGAAACAGAAAAGAAGCAUUUCUUCAUAAAUAUUUGCCACAGACUGCUGCAGGGGGGCAAGGCGAGAGGCUGCCCCGAGGACGCGGCCGUGUGCUCUGUGGAUAAGAGUGAAAGGAAAAAUCUGGGCAAAUUUGUUUCUUCUCCCACAAAAGAGAAUGGAAAUAUUGUACUCUCUUAUUCAGAUGGUGAUGUUUGUGGUGAUAAGAAGAGAAUAAAAACUGAUAUAAUACUUGUCUGCAAGCCAGGUGAUCUGGAAAGCGCUCCCGUGUUGAGAAGCUCCGGGGAGGACGGCUGCUCCUACGAGUUUGAGUGGCACACGGCCGCGGCCUGCGUGCUGUCCCGGACCGCGGGCGAUAACUGCACCGUCCUAGACACCCAGGCAGGGUUUUCCUUCGACUUGUCCCCUCUCACGAGGAAAGACGGCUACAGGGUGGAGACGGCGAAGUAUGACUUCUACAUAAACGUGUGCGCGGCCGUGUCCCUGGGCUCCUGCCGGCCGGGCGCGGGCGCCUGUCAGGUGGCCAAGAGUGAUAAGAAGGCUUGGAGCUUGGGGCAGAGUAAUGCUAAACUCUCAUAUUAUGAUGGGAUGAUCCAGUUGAGCUACAAAAACGGCACGUCCUACAAUAAUGACAAGCACACCCCAAGAACGACACUGAUCACCUUCCUCUGUGACCGCGACGUUGGCGUGGGCGUCCCUGAGUAUCAGGAGGAAGAUAACUCUACCUACAACUUCCGCUGGUACACGAGCUAUGCCUGCCCAGAGGAGCCGCUGGAGUGCGUGGUGACCGACUCCUCCUCCAUGGAGCAGUACGACCUCUCCAGGCUUGCAAAGUCUGACGGUGGCCGUGAAGGGAACUGGUACGCCCUGGACAGCGCGGGAGAGCACAGCCUGUGGAGGAAGUACUACAUAAACGUGUGCCGGCCUCUGAACCCCGUGCCGGGCUGCGAUCGCUAUGCCGCCGCCUGCCAGAUGAGAUACGAGAACAAUCAAGGUGUGUUUUCCGAAGCAGUCUCCAUCAGUAACUUGGGGAUGGCCCAGACAGGCCCCACGGUGGAGGAAAGUGGCAGCCUCCUGAUCGAGUAUGUGAACGGCUCGGCCUGCACCACCAGCGAGGGGAGGCAGACCACCUACACCACCAGGAUCCAUCUUGUCUGUUCCAGGGGCAGCCUGAACACCCAUCCAAUAUUUUCUCUCAUUUGGGAGUGUGUGGCCACUUUCCUGUGGAAUACAGAGGCUGCCUGUCCCAUCCAGAUAACGACGGACACAGACCAGGCCUGCUCCAUAAGGGACCCUAACAGCGGGUAUGUGUUUGACUUUAACCCGCUGAACAGUUCCCAAGGCUACGUGGUCUCGGGCAUCGGGAAGACUUUCAUGUUUAACAUAUGCGGCACGAUGUCGGUGUGCGGGAGCUUGAACGGGAUGCCAGCUUCUGGCUGUGAGGCACCGGCGCAGACAGCAGAUCUCAAGGAUCUGAAGCCAGAAAGGCUGGUCGGGCUCGAGAAAACCCUCCAGCUGUCCACGGAGGGCUUCAUCACUCUGACCUACGAGGGACCCUACUCCGAAACCAAAGAGACCGGUAAUGUUUUCAUCAUCCGCUUCGUGUGCAAUGAUGACAUUUACCCAGGGAUCGCCAAAUUCCUGCAUCAGGACAUAGACUCUGGCCUGGAAAUCCGGAAGACUUUCUUUGAGCUUGAAACAGCGUUGGCCUGCGUACCUUCUCCAGUGGACUGCCAGGUCACAGACCUCGCUGGAAAUGAGUACGAUCUGAGUGGCUUGAGCAAAGUCCGGAAGCCGUGGAUUGCUGUGGACUCCUCAGUCGACGGGAACAAGAGGACAUUCUACCUGAGUGUGUGCACCCCCCUUCCUUACAUCCCCGGGUGCCGUGGCAAUGCAGUGGGGUCGUGCCUGGUGUCUGAAGACAACAGCUUGAACCUGGGCGUCGUGCAGAUCAGCCCUCAGGUUGCAGCCAACGGGUCCCUGAGCAUCGUCUAUGUCAACGGGGACAAGUGCGGGAGCCAGCGCUUCUCCACCAGGAUCACGCUCGAGUGCGCUCAGACGUCGGGCUCGCCGACGUUUCUGAUGCUGGAUGACUGUGAGUACGUGUUUGUCUGGAGGACCGUGGAAGCCUGCCCCGUGGUCCGCGCGGAAGGAGACAACUGUGAGGUGAGAGACCCGAGGCACGGCCACUUGUACGACCUGAAGCCUCUCGCCCUGAACGACACUGUCGUGAGCUCCGGGGAAUACACCUACUAUGUCCGGGUCUGUGGCAAGCUGUCCUCAAAUGUCUGCUCAACCAACGACAAGUCCAAGGCCAUCUCGUCGUGUCAGCACAAGCGGGGGCCUCUGGGAUUCCAAAAAGUGGCAGGUCUCCUUACUCAGAAGGUGACUUACGAGAAUGGGCUGUUGAAAAUGAACUACACUGGGGGGGACACUUGCCAUAAGGUGUAUCAGCGCUCAACAACCAUCUUUUUCUACUGCGACCGCAGCACCCAGAAGCCGGUGUUUCUCAAGGAGACCUCGGAUUGCUCCUACCUGUUCGAGUGGCGCACACAGUACGCCUGCCCGCCUUUCGACCUGACCGAGUGUUCCUUCAAAGACGAGGCUGGCAACAACUACGACCUCUCGUCCCUGUCGAGGUACAGUGACAACUGGGAAGCGGUCACGAGUACAGGAGCCACCGAGCACUACCUCAUCAACGUCUGCAAGUCUCUGUCUCCGCAUCCCGGCACGGAGUCAUGUCCUCCGGAGGCGGCUGUGUGUCUGCUGAACGGCUCCAAGCCCGUGAAUCUCGGCAGGGUGAGAGAUGGCCCUCAGUGGAGAGAUGGCAUCACCGUCCUGACCUACGUCGAUGGAGACUUGUGUCCGGACCAGAUUCGGAAAAAGUCGACCACCAUCCGAUUGACCUGCAGCGAGAACCAAGUCAACUCCAGGCCCAUGUUCAUCAGCGCGGUGGAGGACUGCGAGUACACCUUCACCUGGCCCACUGCCGCCGCCUGUCCCGUGAAGACCAACGUGCACGGUGACUGCCAAGUCACCAACCCCGUCACAGGACACCUGUUUGAUCUGAACUCUCUGAGUGGCAGCUCCGGACACACGGCCGCAUACAGCGAGAAGGGGCUGGUCUACAUCAGCAUCUGUGGGGAGAAUGAAAACUGCUCUCCCGGCGUAGGGGCCUGCUUCGGGCAGACCAGGAUCAGUGUGGGCAAGGCGAGCAAGAGGCUCAGCUACGUGGACCAGGUCCUGCAGCUGGUGUACGAGGAAGGGUCCCUCUGUCCUUCCAAAUCCAACCUGAGGUACAAGAGUGUCAUCAGCUUUGUGUGCAGGCCCGAGGCCGGGCCCACCAACAAGCCCAUGCUCAUCUCCCUGGACAAACAGACGUGCACGCUCUUCUUCUCCUGGCACACGCCUCUGGCCUGCGAGCAGGUGACGGAGUGUUCCGUGAAGAACGGAAGCUCCAUCAUCGACCUGUCUCCCCUCAUCCACCGCACGGGGGGCUAUGAGGCGUAUGACGAGAGCGAGGAUGAUUCCUCCGACACCAACCCUGACUUCUACAUUAACAUCUGCCAGCCGCUGAACCCCAUGCACGGGGUGGCUUGUCCUGCCGGAGCCGCCGUGUGCAAGGUGCCCGUUGACGGGACCCCCAUAGACAUCGGCCGAGUCACAGGACCUCCGAUACUCAAUUCCGUGGCUAACGAAGUGUACUUGAACUUCGAAAGCAGUACUCCUUGCCAGGCAGACAAGCAUUUCAACUACACCUCGCUGAUCGCUUUCCACUGCAAGAGAGGCGUGAGCAUGGGGACCCCCGAGCUGCUGCGGACCAGCGACUGCGACUUUGUGUUUGAGUGGGAGACGCCGCUGGUCUGUCCUGACGAAGUGAAGGUGGAAGGCUGCUCCCUGAUGGACGAGCAGCUGUACUACAGCUUCAACUUGUCCAGCCUAUCCAAAAGCACCUUCAAGGUGACCCGAGACUCGCGCACCUACAGCUUGGGGGUGUGCACAGCGGCCGCGGGCCCGGAUGAAGGCGGUUGUAAGGACGGAGGCGUCUGUCUGCUGUCCGGGAGCAAGGGGGUGUCGUUUGGACGGCUGGCGUCGAUGAGGCUGGACUACAGGCACCAGGACGAAGCAGUCAUCUUAAGUUAUGCCAACGGAGACAGUUGCCCUCCAGAAACCGAGGAAGGGGACCCCUGUGUGUUCCCCUUCAUCGUCAACGGGAAGAGCUAUGACGAGUGUGUCCUGGAGAACAGGGUGCGGCUGUGGUGCGCCACGACCGCGAACUACGACCGCGACCACGAGUGGGGCUUCUGCAGACAGUCCAACAGCCACAGGACGUCUGCUAUCAUCUUCAAGUGUGACGAGGAUGCGGAUGUCGGGCGGCCACAGGUCUUCAGUGAAACCCGCGGCUGUGAGGUGACGUUUGAGUGGAAGACGAACGUUGUGUGCCCUCCAAAGAAGAUGGAGUGCAGAUUCAUCCAGGGGCACAAGACCUACGACCUGCGGCUGCUGUCCUCGCUCACCGGGUCCUGGAUCUUUGUCCACCAGGGGGCCUCGUACUACAUAAACCUGUGCCAGCAGGUCUACAAGGGGCCCCUCAACUGCUCCGGCAGGGCCAGCAUUUGCAAGAAGACCGCAUCUGGGGACGUGCAGGUUCUGGGGCUGGUGCACACGCAGAAGCUGGAUGUCGUGGACGACAAAGUCAUCGUAACAUAUUCCAAAGGUGAUAAGUGUGGAAGAAACAAGACUAUAUCCACCGUCAUAGAGCUGGCCUGCGCGAAGACGGUGGGCAGGCCUGCAUUCCGGAGGUUCGACAUGGACAGCUGCACCUACUACUUCAGCUGGGACUCGCGGGCUGCCUGCGCCGUGAAGCCGCAGGAGGUGCAGAUGGUGAACGGGACCAUCACCAACCCCGCCGACGGCCAGAGCGUCAAUCUGGGAGACAUUUAUUUUAAGCCGUUCAGUGCCUCUGGGGACAUCAGAGCGAAUGGGGACAAGUACUUGUAUGAAAUCCAGCUCUCUUCCAUCUCAAGCUCCAAGUAUCCCGCUUGCUACGGGGCCAACAUAUGCCAGGUUAAACCGAAUGACCAACACUUUAGUAGGAAAAUUGGAACUUCUGAUAAAACCAAAUACUACAUUCAAGAUGGCGACCUAGAUGUGGUGUUCACCUCGUCCUCCAAGUGUGGGAAGGACAAGUCAAAGACGGUCUCUUCCACCAUCUUCUUCCACUGCGACCCUUUGAUGAAGGACGGGAUCCCCGAGUUUAGCCACGAGACUGCCGACUGCCAGUACCUCUUCUCCUGGUACACCGCCGCCGUGUGCCCUCUGAGGGUGGGCUUCGGCGGCGAGGACGCUGACGAGGACACGCAGGAGCACCAGGGGCUCUCGGAGAGGAGCCAGGCGGUCGGGGCGGUCCUCAGCCUGCUGCUGGUGGCGCUCACCGGCUGUCUGCUGGCCCUGCUGCUCUAUAAGAAGGAGAGACGGGAGACGGUGCUGAGUAAGCUAACCACCUGCUGCAGACGGAGCGCGAACGUGUCCUACAAGUACUCGAAGGUCAACAAGGAGGAGGAGGUGGACGAGAACGAGACUGAGUGGCUGAUGGAGGAGAUCCAGGUGGCGCCCCCGAGGCCCGGGAAGGAGGGGCAGGAAAACGGCCACAUCACCACCAAGUCUGUGAAAGCCGAGGCCCUGACCUCCCUGCACGGGGAUGACCAGGACAGCGAGGACGAGGUCCUCACCAUCCCCGAGGUGCGCGUCCACUCGGCCAGAGGAACGGGGCCCGAAAGCACCCACCCGAUGAGAAACCCCCCGAGGAAGAUGCUCCGGGAUGACCGGGUGGGGCUGGUGAGCGAGAAGGCGAGGCGGGGCCCACCCCGCGCUGCGGUGCUGAAGCCCGGCGCCCCCGGCAGCCUGGCAUCCUUCCAUGACGACAGCGACGAAGACCUCUUAAACAUCUGAACCCCGGUGCCCGAGGGGUGUGGCCGAUGGCCCAGCCAGGCACCUUCAACCAAAUAAGACUUCAACUCAAUGAUGCUUCUGUCAUUUUUGCCUUUAACAGAAACUGUUUCAAAAGGGAAGAAUUUUUGUGAAGGGGGAGAGGGUGAGGAGGUCCGGCACCACUCAUCCGUGGUCGAUCAUGUCAUGGAAUGAGGCAUCACUUCCGUUGCCAAAGGGUGGUGCUAGGGCCCCGGGUUUUGUCCCACGUCCUCAUUUGAAAGCGUGGCCGCCGUGCGCUCCAUACCCGCGCCGGAGCCCCGCGCCUGGGGACAGAGGGCUCUGUUUGAGGAAGCCCUUGCUGCUUUAGGCCCUGAGGGUAUUUGACCAUCAUAUUUUAGCAUUUAACUCUCUCCUCCUAUUUAUUGACUUUGACAAUUACUCAGGUUUGUGAAAAAAGAAAAAAAAAAAACAAAAAAAAACAAAACAAACCACCCAACAGUUUCUUCCCGCCGGCAGGGGGUGUGCUGGUUCAGCCAUGUCCGAGGGGGAGCUGUCGGUGCUGGGUUGGUUUCAUAUGAAAUUUUGAACUGGUCAAUAAUGUAUCCUCUAAGUUAGAAUAUUCCAUUGUGUCUCUUUUCUUCUUGGCUUUUCUGUUUCUUUCGGGCCCACGUACGUGCACACACAUACACACACGCACGCGCGCACGCGGGUCCCCGAGUGCCUAGGCUUCGGAGCGUUCGCCUGCUCCACGCCUUUAGUAAGUAACGGCUGCAGCUUUUUGCAUGACAUCUAAAGUCCUAGGUGCCCAGAGCACAUGUAUCAGUAUUUCUUUUGCUGGCUGAUGAAUUCACACAACCCACCCAAAGAUUGAUUUUUGUGAGUUGAGAUGUCAGAGAAGAUAACUUUAUAGGUCUCACCUCUUCAGGUUCUCCUGAUACCACCAUUACUGUGCUUAUUUUUUUAAGAAAAAAGUGUUUAUCAACCAUUUGACCUAUAAGAAGCCUUAAACCGCACAGUGAGUGACUUACGGAGGUGGCGUGAAAGCAGAUGGGCCUGAACUGCGCCCCCGGCGUUGGGCUUGGGCUCCAGCUGCGGAGGGGCCGCGGCCAGGCCUCUGCUGCAGGGCGGGUGGGGCAGCCCUGCUCCCUGCCCGCCGCUCUCGGGCUCCUUUCUCGAAAUGUUUGAUGAGUUACUUUCUCUUAUUCUAGAAUUGUACGUAGACUCAGUGGCAGUCACCUACCGGGACGCAGACCGCCCUGCGGAUGCAUUGGUCUGCACUCGGCGUGGCUGGCUCGUUUGAUUUCAACAUGAGUAUUUUUUAAAAUUGAUUUCUUUCCUCAUUUUUUUUUCAAUCAAAUUUACUGUA